AGCAGACGCUCUGUUGUGACGGCUGCUGGCAGCAGACGGCGGCCCACCCGGAUCGCGCUCCCGCUCAGCCUCGCGACGACAUGAAGAGGACAUGGACCGCCACGGUGCCCGUCUCGGUCUCGCUGCCGUGCUCCUGGCGCUCGUGACCCUUCUGCCGGUUCGAGGCGGUGCGCAGCAGCAGCUGCAGCAGCAGGGCCGCGGCUUCGUGCAGCUCCUGGCGGGCCAGUGGCGGUGCAUGCUGGACGACCUGGUCUCCGGCCGCGGCCUCGCCAGGAUGUUCCCCGCGACCAACGCGUCCGCGCCGCCCUGCUACCCGGACGUCACCGUGCACCUGUACACCGCAGGGAAUUCCAGGGGCUCCAGGUCGCCGCCGCGGCGCAAGGUCCUGGACCCUCGGCGGGCGGGCUGGCUGCGCUGGAGCGGCUGGGACCCCGGGCGCAGGACCGUGCUCCUGGUGCACGGCUUCAACGGCGGCGUCGACAAGGCCCCCACCACCACCCUGCGCGACGCGUUCCUGGAGGCUGGCGGCUACAACGUGCUCGCGCUGGACUGGUCGCCGCUCGCCCGCUACCCGUGCUACGCCGAGGCGGUGCGUCACUCCCGGACGGCGGCGCGCUGUGGUGCCCAGGUGCUCGCGGCGCUGCAGGCCGUGCUGGACGACGGCGUCCCCCCGGGCGGCGGCCUCCUGCCCGCGGCAGACCUGCGCCUCGCCACCUGCGUGGGGCACUCGCUGGGGGCGCACGUCUGCGGUAUGCUGAGCCGCCUGCUGCCGCAGCGGGUCCGCAAGCUGGUCGCUCUGGACCCGGCGCGGCCGCAGGUGGAGCGCCUGCUGGGCCGGGACACCCUGGCCGUCAGCGACGCCCGCGUCGUGCAGACCUUCCACACCAACAUGGGCUUCUACGGCGAGUACCCGGGCCCCGCCGUCGACGGCCACGCCAGCUUCUGCUUCAACGGCGGCCGCCUGCAGCCGAGCUGCGACCAGGGAGGUCGAUUCAGUCGCAUGCGGUGCAGCCACUUCCUCAGCGUGUGCUACUACGCGCAGCUGGUGCGGCGCCCCGGCGCCUGGACGGCGGCCGCGCCCUGCGACGGCUCUUGCAACCGCGAGCGCGGCCGCCCGCCCUUCCCGUUCGUGCUGACCGAGGCCUCCACGGACAGAUGGAGGGGCACCUACUGCCUCGAUCUCAGCUUGGACAGCCCAUGCAGGACAGACAUUUAACACGCCAUCGACAAAACCAAAUGAAAACAUUUUAUUUGUAAUAAAGAAUCUUUCCUCGUGAAA